CUUCACUCUCUGUCAUCUUAUCACUUUGCCAAUUAACCAAAAACAGAGCUAGUUAGACAAAGUAUCAACAUGAGAACAAAUACUUGUUUGGUCAUCAAGACUUGUUCGUAAAUAAUUCAGUGCCUGUUAAAUACAUGCUUUUUUUGUAUUCCUGUUGAAGCUAAAGCUGGUGUUAAGUUUAAAAACCAAUUAUAAGGGAUGCAGAAGUUUAAAAUUCAUCUAGUUGACAUAAUUGUUGGUGAACCUGCAGCAUCAAUAAAGGUGCAAUGCAGGGUUUGCCUUAGAUAAGAUGGAAGCAGGGUGUUCACAGGCAUCUGCACAGGCUGUUGCACUGCAUCCACAUGACCAGUGUUACUGUGUCUCCACUAAUUAGCAGGUCUAAUUUUCUGUCCUUUAAAUUGACCCAGCUCAUUUCAGGCUUGUGGUGUUUGGAGCCAUUCACUCGCCUACCAUGUUCUAUUUUAUUCCGACUGGCCACUUCCGUGCUAAAUUCCCUCCUGUUCCCUAAUGCUCAUCUCCAGGCAUGUGGUUAUUGCACAGGAGGGCCAGUAGCUGCCAGUCACCUUUGUGGAAAUGGAAACACCACCCACUGAAAACGAUAGCCUUUCUUAGUGGCGGAGGUGGCAGAGACUUUGUGAGCUAUAGCCAUAAAAGGCCCGAAGAUUUGAUACUGUAUCCUGUGAAGGCACCCACCAGUUACACCCCCCCAAAGAAGUCAUUAUGCUUGUAUUUCUGUUCUUAACCCAAUAUGAUGGAUAGAACAGAAACCAGCACAAACUGUGACAGAGAGGAGUUUGGAGAGAUUUGGUUUGUGCCCAAGAGUGCACUAAAUGGUUCUGAUGAGCCUUGUGGGCGUUUCUUGUAACCGAUUAUCUGCCUGACCAUAAUCAUGCUGACAGACAGAGACUUGCAGAACUUGGUUUAGAGCAUUCUGUGAUUCUAUAACAGAUCAUAUAUGCAGAGCAGUCUACAAAUAAAUGGAAGUGAUGCUUCUUUCAUUUGCUUGCUUUGGUCCUGCACUCAGGUACACAUUCGAUUUGAAUAAGCAACUAUGGAGUUUCUCUGUUCUUUAAAGAGUUGGCAGAAAAAUGAAAUCGACAUAGUUUUCCUUUUGUCAAAAGUGUAGUUGAGCCCACAUUUUGGUUCUUUAGCAUUGCACUCAAGCUAGGAUGCAAAUUUAGCUAAGUUCUAAGGAAAACUCAUACCCACCACUCAGUAUUGUAUUGUAUUGUACAAACUGCAUGCUGAAAUAAUCUGACACAUGCAAUAAACCACAGUGAGUUGCCAAAAAUCUCCAGAUUUGCUGUGGAUUUACACUUACAUUUAAAUCUAUAGGAUUUAUCAGACACUGUUACCCAGAGCAACGUACAAAGUGCUGUCUACUCACAGAAGAAUCCUCAGUUAGUACAAACUUUAGUUUCUCAUACUGUAUGGGACACUGUUAUCUAUAAAAAUGAAUUGUUUGGAAGGCAGUUUGUGAUUAUUUCAGCAUGCAGUUUUGCUCAUUGGUGGGUAUAGACGUCCUUUACUAACUAUGUUAGCUGUAUUUGCUAUGUUAGCUCUGUUAGCCUUGAAGGCCUAGUGCAGCACAAAACUAAAGAAGCAGCACUGGAGCACCAGACAUGUCUUGGCCUAUGUAAUAUCUUUGGGGAAAAGAGGAAAUUUUAUAAUUUUGUUUUUUUUUGCUGUAGUGUUCCUUUAACUGGUAUGCCUGGUGUCUGGUAACAUCUAUGAGUCACAGACUUCAGUCACUGAGCAAGUACUAAACAUCUGUAUUUAAGAUAUUGUUAAUUGCUUAUAUCUUAUAUUAUAUCUCAUAUUAUAACUCAAAAUUGGAAGGCUAAGUAUAAAAUGCGCUGUAAUUCUAUUAUGGUUCACUCAAUAUAGAUGUGAAAUAUCCUCAAAUUAAUGUAGAUUUGAAUGUAGAUUAGCAUUUUAAUCUCAUAGUUAUGCUUCAUGGGCUCUUUAAACUCAGUGAUUGUUAUAUGAGUAUAGAGGAAGAACAAUUUUUAUACCAUAAAUGUAAGUAAUGUAUACCAUAUAAGUAAAGGUAAGCUAUGUUCAGGAACAUUACUGAAAUGGGUCUGACACCUACAGACAGGUACUGGAGGCCAGCCCACAUGACCAUUCAUGGUCAAGUGCAUGCUGACAUCAUUACUUUUUUAAAAAUUAUGCACUUAUUAAGUAAUAUACACACUUGAUAAAUAGGCAAACAUUACAUUGCAAUCACCUGCAUGAUUUGAUGAUUGAGCUUGCAUUUUGAUACUAUCAUGUUUUUAAAGUAGCCUAUCUGUGUGAACAUGUUUGAUUUGUUUUGAUUUGUUUAUUGUAUUCUGUUUUUUCUAGGUUCUAGGACUUAAAAGGGUUUUAGUUCAGAAUCUGCUUUGACCAUGUAAUUUAGACCAAGACUGGAUUUAAUCUGUGUCUGGAGAACAGGCGCGUUAAGUGGCAUUACAGGCAAUAAGAUUUCAUGUAUGGCGAACUGACAGACAAGAAGACAAUAGAAAAAGUCAGACAGACCUUUGAUAACUAUGAGUCCAAUUGCUUUGAAGUGCUUCUCUAUAAGAAGAACAGGAGCCCUGUGUGGCUGUACAUGCAGGUGGCCCCCAUCAGGAAUGAGAACGAUAAAGUGGUUCUGUUCCUCUGCACAUUCAAGGACAUAACUGUCUUCAAGCAGCCCAUCGAAGAUGAGACCACUAAAGGAUGGACCAAGUUUGCGAGGCUCACCAGAGCUCUCACCAACAGCCGCGGUACACUGCAACAGCUCGCACCCCUCAACAAGAAUGAGGUCAGCCAUAAACACUCAAGACUGGCUGAGGCUCUGCAGCUGGGUUCGGACAUCCUUCCACAGUACAAGCAGGAGGCUCCUAAAACCCCUCCACACAUCAUCCUGCACUACUGCACAUUCAAAACCACGUGGGACUGGGUUAUUCUCAUCCUCACCUUCUACACAGCCAUCAUGGUGCCCUACAAUGUCUCCUUCAAGACCAAGCAGAACAACCUGGCCUGGCUGGUGGUGGACAGUGUGGUGGAUGUCAUCUUCCUGGUGGAUAUCGUGCUCAACUUCCACACCACAUUUGUGGGCCCAGGAGGCGAGGUCAUAUCAGACCCCAAGCUCAUACGUAUGAACUACCUGAAGACCUGGUUUGUCAUAGACCUCCUCUCCUGCCUGCCCUACGACAUCAUCAAUGCCUUUGAGAAUGUGGAUGAGGACCCCAUCUCCGAGUCUUCUGCAGUCGGCCACGUGCCGGCCGCUGCCAGCUCCCCACGGAAUGCUACGCGUGCUGAAGACUCAGUGCUGCCGGGCCUCAGCAGCCUGUUCAGCUCGCUGAAGGUGGUGCGCCUGCUACGUCUGGGCCGCGUGGCUCGCAAACUGGACCACUAUUUGGAGUAUGGAGCUGCCGUCCUCGUCCUGCUCGUCUGUGUCUUUGGCUUGGUGGCUCAUUGGCUGGCCUGCAUCUGGUACAGCAUCGGCGAUUACGAGGUCAUUGAUGAAGCCACCAACACCAUCAAGACAGACAGCUGGCUCUACCAGCUGGCUACCAGCAUCGGCAGACCAUACCGGUACAAUGCCAGUGGUUCAGGCCAAUGGGAAGGGGGUCCCAGCAAGGACACACUCUACAUCUCCUCACUCUACUUCACCAUGACCAGCCUCACCACCAUCGGCUUCGGCAACAUCGCCCCUACCACGGAUGGGGAGAAGAUCUUCUCUGUGGCCAUGAUGAUGGUGGGCUCUCUCCUGUAUGCCACUAUCUUUGGAAAUGUGACCACCAUCUUCCAGCAGAUGUAUACCAACACCAACCGCUACCACGAGAUGCUGAACAACGUGCGUGACUUUCUGAAGCUAUACCAGGUGCCCAAAGGCCUGAGUGAGAGAGUGAUGGACUACAUCGUGUCCACAUGGGCGAUGACCAAAGGUAUUGACACAGAGAAGGUGCUGUCCAUCUGUCCCAAAGACAUGCGGGCUGACAUCUGCGUGCACCUGAACCGGCAGGUGUUUAAUGAGCACCCUGCCUUCAGGCUGGCCAGCGACGGCUGCCUGCGCUCUCUGGCAGUGGAGUUCCAGACCACGCACUGUGCGCCCGGAGACCUCAUCUUCCACGCUGGUGAGAGCGUGGACACGCUCUGCUUCGUAGUGUCUGGAUCGCUGGAGGUCAUCCAGGAUGACGAGGUCAUUGCCAUUCUUGGUAAGGGUGAUGUGUUUGGUGACGUGUUCUGGAAGGAGACCACGCUUGCUCAUGCAUGUGCCAAUGUGAGAGCACUGACCUACUGUGACCUUCAUGUGAUCCGGAGAGAGGCCCUGCUCAAGGUUCUGGAAUUCUACACGGCAUUCGCAAACUCCUUCUCCCGCAACCUCAUCCUCACCUGCAACCUCCGGAAGCGGAUUGUCUUCCGAAAAAUCGCUGAUGUGAAGAAGGAAGAAGAGGAGAGGAGACAUCAGAAGAAUGAGGUGACGCUCUCCAUUCCUGUAGACCACCCAGUCCGCAGGCUCUUCCAGAAGUUCAAGCAGCAGAAAGAGAUGAGAGUGCAGGGCUCCAUGCAGGCUGACCUGGAGAGGAACCAGUUCCAGGUGGAGCACCAGCUCAGUCCGCUGUCUCACCAUCAGCAUCACCGCUAUCGUCAGCACCAGAUGCACCACCCACUCCAGCAUCCGCAUAGACCCCCUAUGCAAAAUGGGGCUCCUGGUUUGGGCGGAGGCCGUGGGAAUGGUGGUCCCAGUGUCAUGACUAUAUCACAGAUAACUCCGGUGCAGAGCUCGCUGGCUUAUGUUCAGACAGAAGACUCCAGCCGGAGUGGUGUCCAUGAAGCCUUAGAGCUCAAACCCAGCCUGCGCAUGGGGGACCAGAAUUGCCUAAAGGUUACCAGUACCAUCUACGCCAGGGGAGGUGGCGGUGGGCGGGGUUGGAUGCGUCUCAGGAAUACAGGGAUCGGAGCUUCCUUCACUCCUCCACCAGAACUGGACCAGCAGCAGAGGGAAGAGGAGUGGGGAGAUGUUAAUCAGUCCCUUGAGCUGCUCUCAGAAGAUUGCAAGAACCAGCAGGCUGAGGGUGGAGAAUGUUUUCGACAGGGGUUGGAUAGAAAUGCCAGUGUUACUGGCAGUGGUAACACAGGAGGUGAGGGGGAGGAUGAGAAGAAUGCCCUUCACAAGACUGAUUCCUGUGACAGCGGCAUCACCAAAAGUGACUUGCGCAUCGACAGGGCAGGGGACCCCCGGAGCCCCAUGGAUCGCAGCCCGUUAGAACAGCCCAGCCCUGGAGCGGGUGCGCUGACACCGCAAGGUCUUCCAUUCCAUCCUGUGCCUGAGCAGCCCCUGCUGCAGAGCACACUGCAGGAGGCCAAGCUGGAGCUGAAGGGAGACAUCCAGACACUGAGCGGGCGCCUAUCCGUGCUGGAGGCCCAGGUGGGGGAAAUCUUAAGACUACUCUCAGACAACAGAAGACCCGGCCCUCCGCAGACUUCAACACCCAAAACCUUACUCAGAUGUGAGGACAUCUUCACUGUCUCAAGGCCUGUUACUCCUGAUGCAGAAAGGGAUGAUGGACCCUUUUAAGUUAACAGAGGAACAUUUAUUUAUUAGAUUUAGUUUGGUGGCUUUAUUUAUAAUGCUCCUUUUCACUCUGCAAUGAAAGAAAAAACUGUUGAAGGAGACAAGUAUACUUUCUAUUGUAAAUAGAUGCAUGUCCAGCUGGAAUCUGGCCUGCCACUAAAGUCUACUCUAAAAAUAGUAGUUGCUUGUACAUUGAUGCAGUCGACUGCAUGCAAAGCGAUUUAAAGAGACACAUUUUUUAUAAUGGCCCCAUGUGCUGGACUAUGUCUUGACUGACUGAAAUUUCAGGGCAUUUAUCUUUAAGAGCAGAUGCAUGGAGCCAUGCGCACAGGAGUUCUCUGGCUAUAAUGGAAACUUGCACCUCAGACUGACGUAGCUAUGGAUGGCUGUAGUCUGAUUAUACCCUUACUCACCCCAUAUUCCUAUGUCCUAUUUAUUUCAAGUGCUUAACCCUACACUCUCCAAAUCAAAGCAUGCAGAAAUACACAUGGAAAUUUGAAAGAGAUUCCUUUGUUUGUCCUUCAAUAUAUGAGAGGGAAAACAUAUUUGUCAUCUGGUCCUUUUUUUUUUUACAAGUCACCUUUUCCCAUGGAGCAAUACUUUCAUGGUCAAUUCAGCAUUAAAAAAAAACUGAUACGGAAAACUUUGGGUUGGGGUUUUAAAAGCUUUAGUAUGAUAUAAGUGCAUGUUUGAUGUGUAUUUGAAAUAUGACUGGCAUGACAGGGUAGCUAUAAUUUAGCCCAUUUCACAUACACUCAUCAACACACUCAGCUCUUAGUAGGGCCUGCAUUUUGGAGAAAAUCUCAUGGCAUUCUUAGAAGCAUGAGCAUAUCUAUCUAAACAUAAGCACAGACAGUAUUCCUUCCGCAUGACAUAUAACGGCGUUACAAGGGUUUAUGGAAUGUUACUGUAUAAACAGAGGAUAGAAAUGGAUUGUAA